UAUAAUUAUAAUAGUUCCAUCAUUAUACUGCUACUAUAAUUAUGAAUAAAGUAUACAGUAUGAAAAAUUACCAACUAUAUUUUGAUGGCGCACUGCAUAUAGGCACACACGUCUAAUAGUCAAUCGCAUAAAAACAGUAUACCAACAAGGCUACUAAUUGAUGGUUUAUAUGCUUAAGUCUAUAUGACUCAAUGAGUUCAAGACUAUGGGCAGUUAAUGCCACUAAGAAGAAGAAACGAGAGUUAAUUCCAGGAUCUUCCAAAUGGAUUUCACAUGAAAUGUCCAUUCAUUAUGAUAAUGUAUUAAUUAAUUGUGAAUCACAUUUUCAUGAUGUUCAACAGUACUAUCGUGGAUUAAGUGCGUAUAUGAAAAAGGUUAGCGAAGUUCAAGAUGAUGAAGUAAAGUUGCGCGAAUUACUUGAUGAUCAAAGUCCUAUACGAGCUCACGCGAAUGCGACUAUUCAAUCUCCGAUACGACAGAAAUCAGUCCCUAUAGUAUUAGAUAAUAUUGAAAAUAAUAAUAUUAAUAAUGGUAAUGGUAAUGGUAAUGGUAAUAAUGAUCCGACAUUAAGUUCGGACAUUAACCCUGUUGAAUUCAAGCCAUCAUUAUUUGCAUCAGAACCAGACGUAGUACCUGAAGAGGGUCAAUCAGCAUUUGAAGAUGAUUCAUUUCAAGCUAUUAGUAAAGCUAUAAGAAAGAGUAUAGCAGAUAAGACAGCUUUAGGUAAUUAUUCUUAUAAGACUGAUGCCACUACUGUAAUGAACGUUAAUGAUGAGAAAAAAGUUGAAGUAACUAACCUACAUCCUGAUUCAUCAUCUAAUGGCAUUGAAUCUAAAAGAGUAUCUGCUUAUACUCCUAAAAGAAACUCAUUAUUUGUAUCACUUCCAACUAGAGAACCCAUCACAGUAAAUUCCAAUUCCAAUUCAAAAUCACAUCGUAUAACCAAUGUCAAAAGUCGCUCACUGAGAGUUUAUGAUAGACUAGAUAUGGCAUCAAGACGAGAAACAACGUUAUCUACUCAAUCGAUCAAUGCUAAUACUAAUAGUAAUACUAAUACUAAUAGUAAUACUAAUACUAAUAGUAAUACUAAUACUAAUACAAAUACUAAUACAAAUACUAAUACAAAUACUAAUGCUAAUGCUAAUACAAAUACAAAUACAAUAACCACUACAAUAGCUCCUAGCACCAAAUCAGCUAACAAGAAACAGGAAGAUCAAAUGAAUUAUAACUUUGAUAUGUCCCCUGUCAAGAUACCAUUAUCAGAAAGACCCUUUGCCAAUAAGGAUAAUGGAGAUCUUAAAGCUGAAUCAAAAGAAGCCCGUAUUGAAAAAAAUGGAAUACACUCAAACUCAAACUCAAACAGUCAUUUCGAUUUGAAGGGGACCCCUGAUUAUUCUUCACGUAGAAACGGAAUACGGCAAGCAAAAGAUUCAAUUAGUCCUCCAAAAAUCAGUUCUAGAAUACCAAAAUUACAGGAUGACCUUCCUAAACUUAGUUCCGAGUCUAUUACAACUACUAUAAGUCCAAGAUCACCAACCACUAAAAAGCUGAAAUCUCCAAUUCACAAUACCACAUAUUCUCGUUCAAGAAGCAUAUCUCCUGUCCGAUCCAAAUCUUCUACAUCUCCAGUCCAUACUAAUGAUAGAUUAUCUAGUUCACCAUCUAAAGAAGAAACCGAUUUGAUCAAUAGAUUAACUACUCCAACCACUGCAAGUGCUGCUAGAACCAAAUUACUGAUCUCUUCGAAGUCAACUGACUACAAGAAGUCUGAGCCAGUGACAUCAAAGAAUAAAUUUUUAACAACUACAUUGAAUUCAUCUAAUCCUCAUUUUAAACUCCAAAGGCCUCCUUCGCUUAAUAGAAAGUCAGCAUCAGCAUUAUCAAAUCAACCGGCAUCUCCCGUCAAACCAGGGCAUUAUAACUUGAAGACAGAUGAAAGUAAAAGCAAUAGCUUACCUAAACUAGAAACCAGUAGCAUUCCUUCGUUGAAGAAAAAAUCAUUAAUGGCUGAAAGAAGUGAAGCUGCUGCUUUGAAGCCACGUCAAAAGAUAUUAAUAUCGGUUAAUCACACUCAAAAACAACCACUUGCAAUGAAAGUGGAUUCUCAGUUAACAGAAGUUCCAAAAUCAGCUAAGAAGACGACAGAAAGGCCAACUCGACGAGAAGCUGGUAAUGCAGUUGCUUUACCUGAUGCAGCUAGAGGAAUCAAUCUCAAUAUUAUGGAUAGUGCAAAAAGAAGAAAACUAUCCAGGGAAGAUAAAACACCUUUACGAACUAAUGAUCUGACUAAGAGAAUGUUGUUAAAUAAGAAAGCAACUCGUAUUUCAGGUUAUGAUACAGUAUCUGCUCCAAUAACUCCUUCUAAGAGAGAAACUUAUACAGCAGAAAACUUACCUGAUAUACCUACUGAUGAAGAAGACAAUGUAUCAAGUAAAACUAAUAAAGUACUUCAAGCUUGGGGUAGUACACCUGAAUUACGUAGAAUUGUUCAACGUAAUAAAGAGAUAAAUCCAUCAACAGUUUUUGGUGAAGUUCCUAAACUAGUUAUUGAAGAAAUCUUUGAAUCUCAGGCUUCAAGAUUAAGGGGGAAACAUUCUCCAGAUGCUUCACCUGAUGAAAAGCAAAGGCUGAAAGAAGAAAGAGAAUACGCUAUACAAAUGGGAUACCUUUAAAUAAUCUGUAUAUAUU